AUGCCAGUAGUACUGCGACAAAAUGAAGUUUUGAAAGCUAUUCCUGCCUUUCCAUCAAACUUGAGAGAAGUGCAAGCCAUUAACAAACAAACUAUAUCUGCCAAAAUGUCGAACUCAAAAAAUAAAAUCCAAUUGCCUUCAAUUUCAGAAACGUCAUCUAGUGAUGAUACGUUUGACGAUUCAGCGACUUCCUUCGUUUCUAAAAGAAACAAUGAUAAAGGCCUUACUUCGGACAGAAAGAAUUUGAAAGAAGCACAAGAUGACCAACAAAUAAGUAGGGGACUGCAGAGAAAGUGCUCUUCUUGUCUACAACUACAGGUUAAAUUAGAAAAGAUCAGUAAAGAUUUCGAGACGAAGCUUGAAAGUGUAAAGAGAAGUAUACUCUACGAUUUAAAUAAAAAAAUUAACGAAUUGAAAAUAAUGAUGAAGGCUGCAGUUGAACCCGAAAUUGGCGAAACUCUAAAACAGAGAGAGAUUUUACCGCCCUUACCAAUGACGACAUUAGAAGAUUUUCAGCGUUUUGAAACCAGUUAA